AAUAAUUCUAUAGAUGAUUCGCAAAUUCAUUCCGCAAAUAACUAUAGCGGCAGCAGCAAUAACAACAACUAUCUCAAAACCAAUAAUAAUACCAACUUCCCCAACAGCAAUAGCAAUAACAAAACUUGUGAAAGGUGUAAAUCUUUGGAGGCUAAAAUUGACGAUUUGAACACCAAAUUUGACAACAUGCUAGGUAUUUUUUUAAAUAAAAUUUUGAUGCAAAUAAUUUUAAAAAUGAUUAUUUUCCAGAUUAACUUAAAAAAAUGAUGGAAGUUCAAUCAAAGCAAGGCGCCCAAUUAGGCGUUCUUGCUAAUAAGGACGCAGAUAUGAGGAAUUUGAGCAAACUCUUCCCUAUAAAAACCAUUGAAGAAAUGGAAAGCGUCAAUAACGCCAUAAAUGAGGUGAACAUCAAUGAAUAUAUUAACGCAAUAAAACACUUAUUAAAGGGGGAUCCUGUAAAGCACUUUGAGGAAAUUAUCUCCAGAUCUAUGUGCAACGAAGUCAAUGUAGGCGGCGUCCAUGGCAAGAUUUGCCUCAAAAAAUAUACUUCCUUGUAUGAUGCGAUUAUAAUUGGAUUGUCGGCGACGUCAGAAAAGUCCGAUAAGCAACUAUCGAAAUGUCUCCACAUUGUUAAAAAAAGGCUGUAUAGAUUGACCACAGUUAAUAAACUAAAAAUCGGAAAUAACUAAUAUAAUUAACACUAAU